CCUUGGUAUUAUUUGUGAAGUCCGGAACAUCACGUCCAGGCCAAGUCAAAUUUUUCUGUCGGAGCUAAACCAAUUUAUUCCAAAUUAAAAGUAAAAUGUUGGGGCGCACAAGUCUUUUGGCUCGUAAUAUUACCCAAAACUUGGUUAGGCACAGCAGUCAUGGCGGUAUUCCCGGAGAGAACUUGCCUUUUGGUCUAAAUAACCGCUAUAAACUAACUGCCUACUUCGUGCUUUUCUUUGGAUCUGGAUUGGCUGCACCUUUCUUGGUUGUCAGACAUCAGCUGCUGAAGAAGUAAAAUGUAAGAUCUAAAUUUAUAAGAAUAAAGAUGAAACUCCCAGAAGGCUUAUCCUGGCUUUUUGCAGAAGUGUUAAUUACAAUUAAAAUUAAAGUGAAAUUGUAUUCACAAAUAAAACACUGUAUGUCACAGUAAAAAUUCUA